ACGAGGAUUUUCAUUGGGUUAAAAGGAACAACUGGUUCCCGCUCGACCAAUAGAGAUGCGCUUUACGUCGCCGUCACUUGGUUGGCAGGUGUAAACAACAUGGCGGGUGCGAGAUCGGCCCAUCCUCGCUGGUUGCUGGAUUGUAAAGGUGAAAUUGUACAGACAGAUGAGUGGAAGAUCUUGACCCAGGAGCUCAACCAGGCUGUCCAGCAGCAACUAAAUGAAAGCCAUGUGUCAAAGUUCACGGACCUGUCCGAUCCAGAGAAGCAACUGUUUCUAGAGAGGGCUGCCAAGGCCAUACAAGAAGGUGAUGCCUUUCAGAGCUUUAACCAGGCAGCAUCCAAGACACUUGACAAGCAUCUCAGUAACCAUGCCAACCAGCAGCUGCUCAACUCAUCGCCCUUGGAGAGCAAGUCGGAGCUAGUCCUGGAGCAGGCUCGUGAGGGUGCCCUGGGGCUGCUCAAGAGCUGGCCAGGGAACAAGGCCAAGUUUCGACGGUUCUUCAACCAGGCAUUGCCGGACCGCCUCCGGCAGAUCGCUUGGCGGCUCUACCUCAGAAGUCCAAAGGUGAGAUCGUUGUAUUUGGAGCAACUCAAGGCUGACCCCAGCAGCGUGAUGUCCAUUCUUGACCUGGAGGUCGUCCAGACCUGCGAAGCUCUCCUUACGCGGGAACCAACUUUCCAGGAUCUCUCAAAUAACACAGAUAUACUCCAUGCAAUGAAGGCCAUCUUGUCCUACCACCACGUCUGCAAGAAGACGAAGACUAGCCUGAUUGACACGGACUACAUGCUGGUAAUUCCGUUCCUCCUCAAUGUGUUAUCAACUACGCGGCCUGAGCAGCUCGUGCUGGAGAGCACCUUGGCCCUACUGAUAGAGGAGUAUGCUACAUUUAUGUCCAGCCGGCCAAUUUUUAUGCGGGAAUCCUACGUCAAAGAUUUUCAGGGGAGCAUGGAGGCAUUUGCAAAGCAGAUCGCUGGGAUGCUGCAAGAAAAAGACGAGGCGUUGGCAGAGCACUUUCACCAAGUGUUCAGUGGUCACUUUGCAGGGCCGUCUGCACUCACACAAGGCAUCAAGACUUUGGUCAGGCCAAUGGUCAGGUGUCUCUUUGUGGGUUACUUAAGUCUGGAUGCCGUCAUGUAUGUAUGGGACCAGUACAUUAUCGGCUUGGAUGUACCAGACUAUGACAUCGUUCCUUGCAUGACAGUCAGUGUCUUAAUGUUGCAAAGGAAAUACUUGCUGCAGUGCGAGAGUUUGCCCGAGAUGGAGUUCAUACUUAAGAGGAAUGCCGUCAAACUGACUAAAGAUGAACUUAUGUAUGAGAUUGGCCAUCAUUUCUACCAGGUUCUACAUCAUCAGCUGAACAGUGGGCAAGACGGCACACCAGUACUGGACCCAACACAAGUGGCUAUGCCUUGGGAGUAUUGGUACUACGAGAUGCUGCCACAGCGAACCAAAGCGGAAGACAGAAGACGAGAGAGGAAUAUCAGGAAAGACCAGAGACAGAGAGAGAAGGAUGCAGCAAGAGAUGAGGAGAUGAGGGAGAAGUUGCGGAAGGAGGAAGAAGAGAUGGAAGAGAUCCAAAAUUCAGAGAGGAUGGCCAGAUUUGACCAGCAGAGGCUGCGAGAUCUCCUUGAGCAGGAAAAACGAAAAAGAGCAAAGGCUGAGAGGGAAGCUCAGGCAGAAAUCUCUCAGCUGAAACUAGAAAUUGCUAGACUGAAGCAAGUCAAGCCAGCACUGUUGAUGCCCACACUGACCCCCCAGGAAUGUGCCAGACCCCCAGAAAUGCCUGCUUCAGGGCCAGAAAGUAAAAUUCUGCCUACGCGACAGUUGGAAGAUCCCCAUGCAGCCAGUUCCAUCAUGGCUGACAUACUGAAGGACUUUGUGGACGGUGCAAGGAGACUGCAAGGCCAUGGUUCGGCAGCAAAGGCAACUGCGCCGGGUACCAGUUCACAGUAGACCGCAAGCUUACUAUGGCAGCCCCUAACGACAUGUGCCAGGUAAUUGUAAACUCCUAGUGACCAUCAUUCACAACGGGCAAGUUGGGGUGGGACCUAUUGUACAACCAUUUGUCAAGUGCUUCUGACAAAGUUUAAUGUGGAUACAAAAUGCAGUCCCGCAUGUUCUUCUGUUGGCUGCAUUCGGUGCCAUCUUGUGUUAUGGUUUUGGGGCCCAAAGCUUCGUCAAUACUCCAUCACAUAAAAUGAAAACUGACAGCCAGUAAUGAGACAGUGGUGUCCCAGGGACUAAACCCCGGUGGUUGACUAGAUGGUCUAUUAAGCAUCCAUUGUUUGGGCAACGUGGAACUGAAGUGCCCAAUUCCUUCGGCAAACAUGUUACACAAGCAGACGGACAACAAGGGCUCUGGUUCAAGGAGACCCUUAUUUGGUCAGUUUAUUAUUUAUGUCAAAAUAUAAAUCAUAGCAAGUUUCACUUUGAAAUAUACGUGUCUGUACUAUUGUAAAAUAUUCCUGACAAAUCAAAGUGUUGUACAUUCAUGAGACUAUACAUAAUCUGUAUUUUCACAUUAUAAAACAUAUAUGUUUUUAAUUUUACCCGGUCAAAAUUGUAAUGUGAUGUUAAAAUAUUUUGGGUGGAAAUAUUUACAGUGUAAAUGAAAAAUGUUCCAACAGAAAACAUAAACAAUGCUUAGCUUACCAAUGCCUAAAAAAAAUUUCCCUCCACCUCCGACAAUUUUUGUCGGCUGAUUAGUCUGAUUUCUAAAAGGUACCCGUAUCAUUGCGAGGUAACACGUGACCUAAAUCGAGUUAACAUGAAGCAGGCUACUCUUCACUUUAUUCAGUGCAAAUGAUUUACAGUGUGCCAUGAAUCGGUUGCCAAUGGAAGGCCAUUUCACACAGGGCAUUAUGGGAAAUGGUCCACAGGAACUUGAAUUGUUCCUAGUGUUCAUUUGUCAGAGGAGAGUGUAUUUUGGUAACAGUUUUAAGUAAUCCUUUUUUCUUUCUGUUGCACAGUAUGUCCAAAUCCAUCAGAAAUUUCUCGAAGUAGUAAAGAGACGCAAAUCGCGGCAAGGGGGCCAUGAUUUCAUUGACCAUAAACGUGGAAAAUGGCCUCUCUGUGGCAAACUCUUGGACGUGAACCGUACUGUGAAUCACCCGUAUUAUUAUAUUUAGUUCUGAAAAAUUUUCGUCCAUGGCAUGUCGUCCAGCAACUGACCUGUGAUGGCAUUGCCAUUAUCACAAUGCUUACCGUCACUGGUAGGGGUCACAGCAACUGACCAGUGAUGGCAUUGCCAUGGCCUCUCUGUGGCAAACUCUUGGACGUGAACCGUACUGUGAAUCACCCGUAUUAUUAUAUUUAGUUCUGAAAAAUUUUCGUCCAUGGCAUGUCGUCCAGCAACUGACCUGUGAUGGCAUUGCCAUUAUCACAAUGCUUACCGUCAAUGGUAGGGGUCACAGCAACUGACCAGUGAUGGCAUUGCCAUGGUCACCAGAAUCGCCUACAUUUGGCUUCAUUCGAUCUCCGUCCCAUGUUUUACCUGGACUCUGAAGCUGUAAGAUCAUUAAUGUGCACUGUACGUAAGUACACCCUUUUCCACACUUUACUCAAAAUUAAUAUUCGGCAAAUCCUGUUGUCACACUUAUGUAUUAUAUACAGUUCUACAUCAGGAUAAAAAUAUUAAUUAACUUUUUGUAAGAUCUCUUAAAAGUAAAUUUGGAAAGGAAUUUUUUCUGGCACUGGUAGUCAUGUUAGCUCUUUUGUAACAAUUUAUCAAUCAAGUGCAAUCAUUUUGUAACUUGGCGUCUUUUUGUAACUCGGCGUCUUUAAGUACCUGAACUUUUAGAGUCCUGCAGAUCUGGUGGUUGAGAUUAAAAACUUAUUUCUUAAGCAUCAC